ACACCGGCAAGUUCAAGAGCAAGCCAAAGUACUGAGAAUAAGAAAGAAUGAAGAAAGCAGAGCUGAUGUUUAUCCCAUUUCCAGCCGCCAGCCACAUCGUGUCCAUGGUGGAGAUCGCGAAGCUCCUCACCCAUCGCUACCCCCACCUCUCCGCCACCGUGCUCAUCAUCCACAGUCCCUUCCCGUCUAUGACCGACUCAUAUAUCAAAUCAAUCUCCGCCGCUUCCACCGGCACCGGCGGCAUCAAAUUUCUAAACCUCCCUCCCCCACAACAAACCCCUGACGAUCCACCUGCUUAUAAAUCCUCCGACGACCUUGUCAGCCCCAGCAUACCCAAAGUCCGAGCCGCCGUCGCUGAACUCAGUGCGUCUCCAGGCUCCGCCCCUGUGGCCGGGUUCGUCGUCGACCUGAUCUGCACUCUGAUGAUGGACCUGGCGAAGGAGUUGGGCCUGCCUUCCUACGUGUUCGUCCCGUCCGGCGCUGCCUUUCUCGGUCUCGUGCUCCAUUUCCAAACCCUUCGCGAUGACCAUCAUCGGGACGUCACGGAGUUCACCAAUUCAGACGCUGAGUUGGUCAUCCCUUGUUUCGCCAAUCCGGUUCCGGCUAGGGUGCUGCCCUCCUUUAUGGUGGACAAGGAUGGUGCGUCUACGGCUAUCCUUAACAGCGCCAAAAGAUUGAGGGAAUCAAAGGGUAUUUUGGUAAACACGUGCGUGGAGUUAGAAUCUAAUACAAUCAACACCCUCAAUACUAAUAUUGGCAUAGAUGGAACUCCGCCCAUUUAUCCGGUGGGACCCAUACUCAAUCUAACGGAUGAUGCACAAAAGGGGUCUAGCAUAAUGUCUGCACAAAAGGGGUCUAGCAUAAUGUCUUGGCUCGAUGAUCAACCCCCAUCAUCAGUUGUGUUCCUAUGCUUUGGAAGCAUGGGGAGCUUCAGCACAAACCAAGUAAGAGAGAUUGCACUUGCAUUAGAGCUUAGUGGGCGUCGAUUCCUCUGGUCGUUACGAAUGCCCCCACCAUCAACAGUUAAAAACAAUAUUGGGUUUCCAACUGAUUAUGACAACCCUGAAGAGGUGCUACCAAAAGGGUUCUUAGAGCGAACAGCUGGGAUUGGGAAGGUUAUUGGAUGGGCUCCACAAGUGGCGGUUUUGGCCCAUAGAGCAGUAGGAGGAUUUGUGUCGCACUGCGGAUGGAACUCAAUAUUGGAGAGCAUGUGGUAUGGGGUGCCGAUUGCAACAUGGCCAAUGUAUGCAGAGCAACAACUAAAUGCAUUCGUGAUUGCGAGGGAGCUAGGGCUAGGGGUGGAGAUCAAAAUAGAUUACAAGGACAAUGGUGAUUUGGUGAAUGCAAAUGAGAUAGAGAGAGGGAUAAGAGGUGUAAUGGAGGGAGAUGAAGUGAUUAGGAAAAAUGUUAAGGAGAUGAGGGAGAAGAUUAGGAAGGCUCUUACAAGAGAUGGGUCUUCCUACGUUUCUUUUGGACAAUUCGUCCAACAAAUGAUGUGCGAUUAAUGUGGGGACUGAUAGCAUUUGGGUAAGAGGAAAGAAGACGGGGAAAUGUUAGUUUGUUGCAAGGAUUAAUGUCCUCUCAAUGAUUUCUUGAAAUUAUAAAGGGUUUAAUUAACUUAAUAAUUCCUAUAUGUCAAUCAAUAAUGUUAUUCAUUCAGUAGACAAUCUUUCAUGUUAUUUCAGGAUGCUAAUCAAAAUGGAUCAAUGUAGCUCUCAAUUAAAUUCAAA